CUGUGUCGCCUUUCUGUGAUUUUUCCAGCUCUGCCCAGUUACACAUGCGGUAAUCCUGGGCAGCUACUGAAUGGCCACCAGCAGGGUUCCACUUUCAACAUUGGGGACAAAAUACGCUACAGUUGUAGCCCUGGCUACGUACUGGAGGGUCACACCACGCUGUCCUGCCUCGCCACUUCAGCGGGUACCGCGGCCUGGGAUUUUCCUCUCCCAUACUGCAGAGCGGAUGAUGGAUGUGGGGGCACACUGCGGGGCCAAAGUGGGGUGAUCACCACCCCCAAUUACCCAGCCGAGUACAACAACAAUGCCGACUGCACCUGGACGGUGCUGGCCGAGCCGGGAGACACCAUCGCCCUGGUUUUCUCCGACUUCCAGCUCGAGGAUGACUACGACCUGCUGGAGGUCAGCGGCACGGAGGGAUCUUCACAGUGGUAA